AUGGAUUACGAGAAACAUUUCAUUCCUCUGGAAUCCGAUCCUCAGAUAUUCACCAGUUUGAUGCACAACCUGGGUGUUCCUCAGUCUUACAAAUUCAUUGAUAUCUGGUCUCUGGAAGCAGAUGAACUGGACAACCUUCGUUCUAGUAUCCAAAAUCGCAUCGAGGCCUUAAUCCUCAUCCUGCCAGACUGUCCUGCAUAUGCAGAGCAGAGAAUCGAACAAAUUCCAAAAGAGGGCAUGAUAUGGCUCAAACAGACUAUAAACAAUGCAUGCGGACUAUAUGCCAUCUUGCAUUGCAUCUGCAACAUUUUGGACACCGAGGAAAUCGGCUCCUUCGUUGAUCAUCUUCUAAAGGAGAUACUUAUAUCAGCUGACCCCGCCAACUAUAUGCAAAAUUCACCUGAGCUGGAUUCAAUCUAUCGUAAUGCCGCUUUGAGUGGCUCUUCGGAACCUCCUGCUGCUGAGGAUGAAGUCGACCAUCACUAUAUAUGCCUGGUCAAGUGUGAAGGCUGUCUCUUUGAAUUGGAUGGAGACAGAACCGGGCCAAUGUAUCGAGGUAGCGUGAAAGAUGAUGAAGAUGCUUUGUCAGAAUUGGGCUGCAAUGUUCUCAAAAUGUAUAUGAACAGCUGCCCCGAGGGGGGCUUCAGCCUGCUAGCUCUGGUGAAUUACUCGACUGGAGACAAAGAAUCCACAGGCAAUGAUCGUCAGUAA